UGCAACCUUCAAAAUUUACCAUAAUUACAAAGUCAUGGCUGACAUCUUGUUCGUUAGUAAUCUGGCAGUGAAAGCCGGAAAGAUGAUUGAAGCCGGCUUUUCAGAGAGUAUUCCGUAUGACAAGAAAGAAUCAUAUGCUGACUUGGUAACUGAAGUGGAUAAAGCUGUUGAGAAUUAUAUCUGUCAGGAGAUCCUCUCAACGUUCCCUACUCACAAAAUUAUUGCAGAGGAGGGAUAUUCUGGAAACGCUGAGCUUACUUGUUCACCUACAUGGAUAAUCGACCCAAUUGACGGGACCUCGAACUUUGUUAGCAGGUUCCCUUUUGUUUGCGUUUCAAUAGCUUACUAUGUUAACAAAGAGCCCGAGCUAGCUGUUGUUUAUAAUCCGAUAUUGAAAUGGCUAUUUCAUGGAAUUCGUAAUCAAGGAGCAUUUCUGAAUGACAAACAAAUUCAUACAUCAAAACUUCAGGAUCUCUCUCAGGCUUUGGUUUUGACCGACUGGGGAGGUGACCGAAAUCCAAGUGUUUUAGAUAUAAAGUCGAACAAUAUUCGCCAAAUAAUAUCGAAAGCUCGUGGAGUGCGCACCAUGGGUUCAGCUGCCUUGCAUAUGUGUCAGAUUGCUGCUGGUAAUGGUGAUAUAUUUUUCGAAUUUGGAAUUCACUGUUGGGAUUAUGCCGCAGCUGUAUUAAUUGUUCGUGAAGCUGGAGGUUUUUGUUGUAAUUUUGACGGCUGAUAUAUCUUUCUGUUUGUAAACGAAAGUGAAAUUUCACACGAAUUUUCCACUUCUGCCAUUUGAGUGACUCAUAUUGUGAUCCUGUCCUGUCUCAAAAUUCAAAAUUGCUUUCGGUAAUAACUAAAGGUAAACCUGUAGAUUUAAUGGCGAGGAAUGUUAUAUGUGCGGGAACUCCAGAACUAGCUAACGCUCUUAUUCCUCUUAUUCAACCAGUUGGUUACGCGAGAGACUGAUAAAAGAAGCAGAAUCAUAUAAAUAUAUAUAUUAAGGAAAAAGGAACCAGAGACAAUCAAAAUUUAGAAUUUUUCAUUUAUUUGUUGAUUCUUUUAAUCUACUGGCUCGUUUUUUUCCAUGUGUUUAUAUACGUUCAGAAAGUUGUACCUUUGGUUUUAGAAAUGUCGUUGUGAUUCCUUCCUUCUUCAAUGCAGCAUUUAUCUUCCCUUGUAUGUGUUGUGUCUAUUUAUCGACUUAGUGUUUAUCGGAAGAAAAGAAAUAUGUGCAUAGAUGAAAAAAACUUAAAGAGCUGUUAUAUUACAAUAAUUAGUAGUGUUUAGUUUUAAACGUUUUUUCCACUUUCCUUUCUACUAAAAUCGGAUUAUUUUUUUCUCACAGCUCAGAAGUUGGUUACUAUUUUCCUAUUGAUAUACGCCUUUUUCCGUUCCUGUUGAGUUUUUUCUCAAGAAAUGUUUUUAAAAACAGUCUCCUUUUUAGAUAACAAACCAGUCACAUUUUAGCUUACAACUCCCUGCUUGUUUCUUGUGUUUGACUAGAUACUUAGGCUUAUUAUUCAG